AUGUUUAAAGAUGGGUUUUCUUUUUUUAUAUUAUUGGACUGGUACUCUGGUUUUGUAUGUGGAGGUGAUGAUGGACUUGUCGUAGGAAAGUUGGUUGGACUGAUAGUAGGGGAUGCCUACGGACUGUUGGUAGGGGACGCGGACGGACGGACAGUGAUAGAUUUGGUCUCUAAAAAGUCAAACAAUGCAUUGUUCUCUAGUGGUAUUUAUUCGGCAUCGUCUGAGUCUUUUCUCAUCUUUGUAGACGAUUGUGUUGAGGAUCAUCGAAUUAUCUGUGUAUACAGAAAAACAACGAUGCUUCCAAGAUUCGUCUUUAUUGCCCUCUUGUUGGUGAUUGCUAUUGCUAGUCUCGAAGCCCGUCGCUGGGGUCAAAAAUGUAACAAGUUCCGACGAUGCGAACGAAGACUGGUAUGUAGAUGGGGUAGAUGUCGAACGAGGGGAGACCGAGAUGGGGACGGAGAUGGAGACAGAGAUCGGGAUGGCGGAGACAGAGAUAGGGAUGGCGGAGACAGAGACCGAGAUCGAGAUGGAGGAGAUAGAGAUGGGGAUAGGGAUGGUGGAGAUAGGGAUAGGGAUGGAGGAGAUAGAGAUAGGGAUAGGGAUGGAGGAGAUAGGGAUAAGGAUGGUCGAGAUCGACGUUCCGUAGGAGACAAUGAUAGAGAUGGGGGAGAUGACGGACGAGAUGAUAGAGAUGGAGGGGAUGAUAGAGAUGGAGGGGAUGAUAGAGAUGGCGACGAUAGAGACGGGGAUAAUGGAAACCGAGAUCGACGUGCUGCAGGAGACAAUGACCGAGAUGGAGGAGACAGAGAUCGGGACGGAGAUGGAGGAGAUGAUGGAGGAGAUGAUAGAGGAGAUGAUAGAGAAGAUGAUGGAGGAGAUGAUAGAGAUGACGGUGAUAGAGACGGGGAUAAUGGAAACCGAGACCGACGUGAUGUAGGCAGAGAUCGGGACGGAGAUGGAGGAGACAGAGAUCGGGACGGAGAUGGAGGAGACAGAAAUCGGGAUGGAGAUGGAGGAGACAGAGAUCGGGAUGGAGAUGAUAGAGGAGAUAGAGAUGGAGAUCGAGACAGAGAUGGAAGAGACUAA